UACUUCACGCGAACGGCAUUUUCUGGAGGUUAAAAUAUUGGCUCCAAAAUAUACAAAAAAAAUUUAAAUAUUGUAAACGCUUAUUUAUGGUAGAACUAACGUUAAAAUUGCGACUUAAGUAAAAACGCAUGUCAAAGUUUGAACGUCUCAUCUCGAAACCACAUCGACAUCACUAACAACUACUUUGGGGGAAAACAAGAACAAAACAGUAGCAGACGUGAGCAGAAGUUCUUUUGGCAGUUUUCGUAGUGUUUAGCUACUCACAAUGUUGUAAUGACAUUAAAAAUACUGUAACUAGGGUUACGAAGAUAUAUAGUUCCAAGUAAUCAUGCUUAAUCGACUAAUAACUUUGAAUGUCAUAGCGCGGACAUGUCGAGGGUGGCUUGUCCAGCCACAUCGAACCCAAACCAGCAAAGUUUCUGUAGCAAUCAAAUCUUACGAUCCUGCGCGUGCUCGGAGGCUAUUUGAUGGCCUAGUCUCCGGCGAUAGAGCGUCCUUAGCUCAGUCUAUUACGCUAAUAGAGUCUACCGCCGAACAUAACCGACUGGAGGCCCAAGAACUUCUGCAACUGGUGCUUCAGGAGAACAAACGUCGCAGGAGCACUGACAACCAGCUGGGAAGUUUUAGAAUGGGCCUGACGGGUCCCCCGGGUGCCGGCAAGUCGACCUUCAUCGAGACCUUUGGCAAGUUCCUCACCGCUUCUGGACACAGGGUUGCCGUGCUGACGGUGGACCCUUCCUCGGCCACAACCGGAGGGUCUCUGCUGGGGGACAAGACGCGCAUGCCGGAACUCACACGCGACCCCUGCGCGUACAUCCGGCCCUCGCCCAAUCGGGGCCACACGGGCGGCGUCACCCGGACUACCGGGGACACCGUCCAGCUCUGCGAGUGUGCGGGCUAUGACGUCAUCCUCGUGGAAACCGUCGGCGUCGGACAGAGCGAAUACAUAGUGGCAGACAUGGUGGACCUCUUCCUGCUGCUCAUCCCUCCUGGGGGCGGAGACGAACUACAGGGGGUCAAGCGGGGCAUCGUGGAGAUGGCCGACCUCAUCGGAGUCACCAAAGCGGACGGAGACCACCUGCCGGAGUGCAGGCGCAUGGCCGCCGAGUACGUGAGCGCUCUCAAGUUCAUGAGGCCUCGCAGCCGCCUCUGGAGGCCCAAGGUGAUGCAACUGUCGGCCAAGUCCAAGCUGGGCAUUGCGGAACUCUGGGACACGGUGAGGGAAUACAAAGAGGCGUUGGGUGCCAGCGGCGAGUUGGAGGAACGCAGGAGACACCAGCGGGUCAGGUGGCUGUGGACCUACGUCAACGCAGAGAUGGAACGCCGCUUCCGCACCGAUCCCGACGUGGCCGCCUGCACCGCGGCGCUCGAGGAUGCCGUCGUGAGGGAAAGCAUCACACCGGGCCAAGCCUGUGAUAAAUUAAUCGAGGAAUUUUUCGGCAGGGGUCGGGCACGUGCGUGAGUUACCGCUCUUCCGCAGUCGACUUUCAUACUCCCGAACGACUUGAGCCACACUUGUCACGAGAGAUCGCUAUUAAACAAUUUUAUUGUUUUGUUUUCAA